ACUGAUUUAUGAUUUAUAAUGUACUUGACUCUACUUCGCAUUAAGCACCAUUCUCCCCGCCAAGUCCUUUUCUACUCUUCAACCGUGUAGGGGUUUUAGCACCUUGUAGUGUGUACUGUGAAAACGCUCCAAAACCCUAGAAAUCCAUUCAAACUAUCUUCUUCCAUCAUUUCUCCCCCAAAUUCAGUACUGUAUACUGCAAUUUCCAAACCCUAGAAAUCCAUUCAAACUUUCAUCUUCCUUUAAUUUAUCCCCCAAAUUCAACAAUGAGUUACGCAGCAUACAAGAUGAUGCACUAUCCAACGGGCAUCGAAAACUGCGCUUCAGGUUUUAUCACUCACUCCAUUGCUGAUUCUACUCCUCAGUUCAUCCCUCCUAUUCCUUCUGAUGACCUAGAUUCCGAUUUCCCCAAAAGUCAUGGCAUUGGACCUAUUCCUAACCUUGUCAUUUCUUCUGGGAAUGUCGUUGAGGUUUAUGUAAUUAGAAUUUUAGACGCUAAUGCUGUUUCUGAUGCUAAACGUGGUGGCGUCAUGACUGGUGUUUCUGGUGCUUCUUUGGAGCUUGUUUGCCACUAUAGGUUGCAUGGUAAUGUUGAAUCCAUGGCUGUACUCUCAUUUGGUGGUAAUGAUACUUCUAAAAGAAGAGAUUCGAUUAUAUUAACAUUUUGGGAUGCAAAAAUUUCGGUUUUAGAGUUUGACGACUCAAUCCAUAGUCUACGCGUGAGCUCGUUGCAUUGUUUUGAGGGUCCAGAAUGGCUUCAGCUGAAAAGGGGAAGAGAAUCCUUUGCGAGAGGCCCUUUGGUAAAGGUUGAUCCUCAAGGCAGGUGCGGAGGAGUUCUUGUUUAUGAUCUGCAAAUGAUAAUACUUAAGACUGUUCAGGCUGGUACAGGUUUGGUUGGGGAUGAUGAAAAUGUUGGUUUUGGAGGUGGAACUUCUGCUCGUGUAGAAUCAUCAUACAUAAUUAGCUUAAGGGACCUGGACAUCAAGCAUGUUAAAGAUUUUGUAUUUGUUCAUGGUUAUAUUGAGCCUGUCCUGGUUAUACUUCAUGAACGAGAGCUUACUUGGGCAGGAAGGAUCUCAUGGAAGCACCAUACUUGCAUGCUUUCAGCCCUUAGUGUCAAUACAACGAUGAAACAACAUCCUCUUAUAUGGUCAGCUAUGAACCUCCCACAUGAUGCGUACAAGCUGCUUGCAGUUCCUUCUCCAAUUGGUGGUGUUCUUGUAAUCUCCAGUAAUGCUAUUUAUUAUCACAGCCAGUCAAUGUCAUGUGCGUUGGCUGUGAACAAUUUUGCCGUUUCAGCUGAUGGCAGCCAUGAGAUGCCUCGAUUGAGUUUUUCUGUGGAGCUUGACACUGCUCAUGCAACCUGGUUAGCUAAUGAUGUUGCCAUGCUAUCCACUAAAACUGGUGAACUACUUUUGCUGACACUAGUUUAUGAUGGGAGGGUUGUGCAGAGACUUGACCUUGUGAAAUCCAGAGCUUCUGUUCUUACGUCGGAUAUCACAACGGUUGGAAACUCUUUAUUCUUUCUGGGUAGCCGCUUGGGAGACAGCUUGCUUGUGCAAUAUACUUCAGGAGCUACAUCCUCUGCAUCUUCUGUGAAGGAAGAGGUUGGGGAUAUUGAAGGUGAUGCCCCGUCAACCAAACGUCUACGACGCUCCUCCUCAGAUGCUUUACAAGAUAUAGUUGGUGGCGAGGAGCUUUCUUUGUAUGGCUCAACCCUAAAUAAAGCAGACUCAGCACAGAAAUCUUUCACAUUUGCGGUACGGGAUUCAUUGACUAAUAUUGGUCCAUUGAAGGAUUUCUCAUAUGGUUUAAGGAUCAAUGCAAAUCCCAAUGCCACUGGAAUUUCUAAGCAGAGUAAUUAUGAAUUGGUUUGCUGUUCUGGACAUGGGAAGAAUGGUGCACUCUGCGUUCUUCAGCGCUCAAUCCGCCCAGAAAUGAUUACUGAGGUUGAACUACCUGGAGUUAAAGGUAUUUGGACUGUCUAUCACAAGAGUUCUCGAGGUCAUAAUUCGGAAACAUCCAAGAUUGCUGCGGAGGAAGAUGAAUUUCAUGCAUACUUGAUCAUAAGCUUAGAGGCACGAACAAUGGUUCUUGAAACAGCUGAUCUUCUUGGGGAAGUUACUGAAAGUGUUGAUUAUUAUGUCCAAGGGAGUACAAUUGCUGCAGGAAAUUUAUUUGGAAGGCGACGUGUUAUUCAGGUCUAUGCUCGUGGUGCCCGAAUCUUAGAUGGUUCAUUUAUGACCCAAGAGCUAAAUUUUGGACCCAACAGCGGUGAAUCAGGUUCAGGGUCUGACAGCUUAUAUGUUUCAGCAGUUUCAAUUGCUGAUCCGUAUGUACUACUAAAGAUGAGUGAUGGAAGUAUCCAGCUUCUUGUUGGAGAUCCUUCUAAUUGCUCUGUUUCCAUCAAUGUUCCUUCAGUUUUUGAAGGUUCAAAGAAGUCUAUUUCUGCCUGCACUCUUUAUAAUGAUAGGGGUCCAGAACCGUGGCUUCGUAAGGCUAGUACUGAUGCGUGGCUUUUAACUGGUGUUGGUGAAGCUGUUGAUGGAUCAGAUGGGGUAACUCAUGAUGGGGAUAUCUACUGUAUCACUUGUUAUGAUAAUGGCACACUUGAAAUAUUUGAUGUGCCAAGUUUUAAAUGUGUUUUUUCAGUGGAAAAAUUUGUCUCAGGAAAGGCCUAUCUCACUGAUUCUCAUGUCAAAGAUUCACUUCUGGAACCUCAUGGGGUUUCCAAGAUUUCUGAGGAUACGACAGGCCAUGUUAGAAAAGAAAAUGCUCAAAACAUUAAAGUUACUGAAUUGGCAAUGCACAGAUGGUCAGGAAAGCACAGCCGUCCUUUUCUAUUUGGAAUACUCACUGACGGAACUAUUCUAUGUUACCAUGCAUAUCUAUUUGAAGCUCCGGAAAAUGUUAAAAAUGAAGAUGGAAAAGGAGGAAAAGUUUCGAUUACUCUUGAUAGUGAAAGUCCUUCAAGGCUACGAAAUUUGAGGUUUCUGCGCAUUCCAUUGGACAUGUAUACGCGGGAGGAAGUGCCUGUGGAAGGUUCCCUUCCUCGCAUUUCUACUUUCAAGAACGUUGGUGGUCAUCAGGGAUUUUUUCUAUCCGGGAUUAGACCAGCUUGGUUUAUGGUCUUCAGGGAGCGUCUACGUGUUCAUCCACAGUUAUGCGAUGGAGCCAUUGCUGCUUUUACAGUUCUUCACAAUGUAAAUUGCAAUCAUGGAUUCAUAUAUGUGACCUCACAGGGAUUUCUUAAAAUAUGUCAACUGCCAGCAGGACUGAGCUAUGACAAUUACUGGCCUGUGCAAAAAAUGCCUUUGAAGGGAACUCCACAUCAAGUUACCUACUAUGCUGAGAAGAACUUGUACCCACUUAUUGUUUCAUAUCCUGUUGUGAAGCCUUUAAAUCAGAUUCUCUCAACUCUAGUUGAUCAAGAAGCUGGCCAUCAGAUCGAUCAUGACAAUCUUAGUGCUGAUGAAUUACAGAGAACUUACACUAUAGAUGCAUUUGAAGUUCGGGUCUUGGAGCCAGAAAAAUCUGGUGGGAUCUGGCAAACAAAAGCUACUAUUCCAAUGCAAAGUUCAGAAAAUGCUCUUACUGUGCGGAUGGUUACCCUUUUAAAUACAACCACUAAAGAGAAUGAAACACUUUUAGCUAUUGGCACAGCUUAUGUGCAAGGGGAGGAUGUGGCUGCAAGAGGACGUGUGCUCUUAUAUGCCCUCGGAAGAUCAGAUAAUCCUCAAAAUUUGGUUUCAGAGAUAUUUUCCAAAGAAUUAAAAGGUGCCAUCUCUGCUGUUGCUUCGCUUCAAGGUCAUUUGCUAAUAGCUGCUGGUCCCAAAAUUAUCUUGCACAAAUGGACUGGUACAGAGUUGAAUGGAGUGGCAUUCUUUGAUGCUCCGCCUCUGCAUGUUGUGAGCUUAAACAUUGUUAAAAAUUUUAUUCUCCUUGGGGACAUUCACAAAAGUAUAUAUUUUCUUAGUUGGAAGGAGCAAGGUUCUCAGCUUAGCUUGUUGGCGAAGGAUUUUGGAGCGCUAGAUUGUUUUUCAACUGAGUUUCUGAUUGAUGGCUCUACACUCAGCCUUGUCGUUUCAGAUGAGCAGAAAAAUGUCCAGAUUUUCUACUAUGCGCCGAAGUUGUCUGAGAGUUGGAAAGGUCAAAAGCUUCUUUCAAGAGCUGAGUUCCAUAUUGGUGCCCAUGUGACGAAGUUUCUGCGAUUGCAAAUGCUUCCUGCGUCAUCCUAUGCUACUCCAGGCCCAGAUAAAACUAAUAGAUAUGCUCUAUUAUUUGGUACUCUUGAUGGGAGCAUCGGCUGUUUCGCACCACUUGAUGAACUUACAUUCCGGAGGAUGCAAUCACUGCAGAAAAAGCUUGUAGAUGCAGUUCCUCAUGUUGCCGGGCUAAAUCCAAAAUCAUUCCGCCAGUUCCUGUCAAAUGGUAGGGCGCAUCGUCCUGGGCCUGACAAUAUAGUUGAUUGUGAGCUGCUAUGUCAUUAUGAGAUGUUGCCACUAGAAGAACAACUAGAAAUUGCCCAUCAGAUCGGAACGACUAGAUUACAAAUUUUAUCCAAUUUGAAUGACCUUUCACAAGGGAUAAGCUUUCUGUAAGAGGAUGCUUUUUUUUUUCACAUGAUUGCUGAGAGAACAAGGCCAGCAAUUAGAGCCUGGAGGGGCUGAAGCUGGGGCUUCAAGCCUGCAAGUGAUGGUAGGGUACUUAUUCAAGCUGGAACAUUAUGAUAGCUUUAAAUUUCCCAUCUUUGGAUCACAAAUUUCUCAAGUAGGCCCAGAUUUACAGCAUCAGUCAAAGAAAUUGUGACACCAGAAAUGAUGAUUGUUAACCACUCAAAGGAAAAAGCUUUUCUGGGUGAUCUAAAUGGCUGGAUGCUGUUAUCAUUUGUGUCGUUAAUCAAUGAUUUAAUGGGCACUUUGAUAUUUAAUUAGAUUCUCAAUUUGUGCACUAUAAACAGGUACUUGGCUGUGUAGAAUGUGUAAAUCACUACUAAAUUCCAUUAGCUACAAUCUUAUAAUCUUUAAAUAUCUUACCUUAA